AUGCCUGUAUAUGUCGUCUUUGUAAGUGUAGGUCGCGCGACGCUCCGGUCCGUCGCUGCCGUGCGGCUUGCUGGGUCUUACUCGCAUCUGCUAUUUGGAGAGGUGAUCGCUUCCCAUGCGGCGCUGAGUGGACGUGCGCAGGUGGAGGCGUUUUUGUUUCUAUUGUCGCAUGCCCCAGUUUCUUUACCGCACAAGUUGGUGUGGGCCACUCAGCUGCUUCCCAGACUUCUUGCCAAAUGCGCGCCUGGAAAUGUGGGAAGUACCACCACCGCCACCUCAUGGUUAGCAAAGCAGUCCAUUUUAACGCAAGUCAAAACGAUUGGUAUCCACGGCAGCGCAGUCUCUGCCCUCUCUUCCACCGCGGUUCAGCUUGGGUUUCAGGGCUGCGUUCUUCUGAAGCGGUCGUUGAAGGGCCGUGAGGUGGCAUCGCAGCAGUUUUGCUACGACGCCGUGACAACCCUCGCAUCGGGCGCUGCCUCGGUUGUGGGCGGCAGCUGCGGCGCCAUCAUUGGCGCGCUGAUCCUUCCCGGCGUGGGGACGGCGUUGGGUGCCUUAGUUGGAUCCCUCGGAUGCAGUUUCGUGCCGUACGCUCUGCGCCGUGAUGGACCGGAGGAUCGUCGGGAACGGAUGAGACAAGUUUCGGCAGAGUGCAACAAUUUUGGAAAGACAAUGGACGUCAUUGAGGACGAGGAGGCCGACUGGCUGCUGCUCGUGGAAUGCGAGGAAGACGCGAACGCCGCUUUCUUUGAUCGCAUGCUUGGCGAUGACGCUGAGUGGCUGACAGAACUCUUCUUCGCUGCUGGUGAUGACGGUGCGUCGUGCGGACUGCUGGAGGACACGCAGAGCGAGCUACAGCUGCUUAGCACCGUGACGGGCGACGACGACGACGAGGAGGAGUUUGUGGACUUCAUGGACUUUGGUGCAUCAAAAGAAGUGAAGGCCGCGUAG